AUGCCAAAACCUAAAAAUGCACUCCACAUUCCAAUUAACAGUGCUGAUUCAGCCAUUCUUACCAUAGUUUUCCUAAACCAUCAACAUACAUUAAAUCCACCACUUUUGAGAAACAUACAACUGACUUGGAUGAUAACAAUGAUUCGUUCAAGCGCUAGAGCGUUGAAGCCAAAUAGACACUUCUCUGUUUUGUCAAAUCUAGGGAAGAAACACAGUGCAAAAGAAGUUGCCCACCCGGAUGAAGAGCCUAAACCUUUGACAAAAUUCAAGCCUAUGUCUGAGGCACAACUUGCAUAUCUGGAUAGAGUUGUUAGAGUGGACCAGGCUGGUGAACUUGGUGCAAACUAUAUAUAUGCAGGUCAGUAUUUUGUUCUUGCGAAUAGAUAUCCGCAUUUGAAGCCAGUAUUACAACAUAUGUGGGACCAAGAAAUUCACCAUCACAACACAUUUAAUGAUUUGCAAUUCAAAAGGCGCGUUAGACCAUCACUUUUGACCCCAUUAUGGAAACUUGGAGCUUUUGUCAUGGGUUCAGGAACGGCCAUUCUGUCGCCAGAAGCUGCAAUGGCAUGUACGGAAGCUGUUGAAACGGUUAUUGGUGGGCAUUACAAUGACCAGUUACGUGUUUUAAGUAAUCAGUAUGAAUUGGAGACUGAGGAUGGUAAAGAAAAAGGACAAUCUGUAGAAUUAAAAAAUUUGCAAUCUACAAUUAAGGAAUUUCGCGAUGAAGAAUUGGAGCAUUUACAAACUGCUAUCGAUUAUGAUUCUCACAAGGCAGUCCCAUAUAUGUUAUUAACGGAAGGGAUUAAGGGUGUUUGUAGGGUAGCCAUAUGGACUGCUGAACGUAUAUGA